UAGAGAGAAGAGACUCUGUUAAGAACAGAGAACACCGAAACUGUGAGAGACAAAAUAUAGAGAGAGAAAAAGAGUUGAGAUUUCAGAGCUCUCUCUCUCUCAUUAUCUCUGUGAUUACCCUCUAAAUAGUCCAAAUUUUCACUCACAAGAAGAAGAAGAAGAAGACGAGAAGAAAGGAGAGACUCGUUCCCAGAAAGCAAUGCCUGCAAUUCCCAUUACCCAAUGCCUCUUCUUCUCUUCACGGAUUUUGACGUUUCUUCUCACGCAUUAACAUAUUUAUAAAUAUAUAUAUAUAUAUAUACACUGAAAAACUUGAACGAGAAGAAGACGACCUUUCACGUUAAGGUUCCGUCGGAGAAACAGAGGUUUCCGGUGGUUCCAGUUGUGCUUUAAAUGAUUGGUUUGUAUAGAAUAUUGUACUGAAAAGGGAAAGGAGAGUCGACAUAUUUUCUUGCUAUUGAAGUGUUGAGUUAUCCUUUAUGAAGUAUUAUUUGUAUCAAAGCCGAGAUCUUGGAUCCUAAUGCAGUUUCUGGAAGAAAAAUGUCAUGACAGAGUCUUUGAUCCGCUUGAAACAGUGAACAAAUUUAUGGGUCUUGACCAAAUUUGCUUAAUCUUCUUAGUUGCUUGUUCAUAAUCAGAAAAAUGCAGAUUUGGGUUGAAUUGUGAAUAAAACUUAAAGUAAGAAGCAGAGUUUUUCUGUCGAUUUAGAGGCGAACUACAAUGGCGACGUGGGAACAUUUUGGGGAGAUUGCGAAUGUGGCCCAACUGGCAGGUUUCGAUGCCGUGCGGUUAAUUGCCAUGAUUGUAAAGGCUGCGAGCACGGCUCGAAUGCACAAGAAGAAUUGCAGGCAGUUUGCGCAGCAUAUUAAGUUGAUUGGUAACUUGCUCGAGCAGCUCAAGAUCUCGGAGCUGAAGAGGUACCCAGAGACAAGGGAGCCGCUGGAGCAGCUUGAGGAUGCUCUCAGAAGGUCUUACAUUUUGAUCAAUAGCUGUCAGGACCGGAGCUACCUUUACUUGCUUGCUAUGGGUUGGAACAUUGUGUAUCAGUUCAGGAAGGCUCAGAACGAAAUUGAUAGAUACUUGCGCCUUGUUCCUCUAAUUACCCUCGUUGACAAUGCUCGAGUGAGGGAGAGACUUGAAUACAUUGAAAGAGAUCAAUGUGAGUACACAUUGGAUGAUGAAGACAGAAAGAUACAGGAUGUAAUUCUGCAACCAGAUCCCUUGACAAAUAAUCCUGCCGUGUUGAAGAAAACUCUUUCUUGCUCUUACCCUAACUUACCUUUUAAAGAAGCACUGAAGAAAGAAAAUGAAAAGCUUCAACUUGAACUACAGAGGUCACAAGCAAACUAUGAUGUGAAUCAAUGUGAAGUGAUUCAGCGUUUGAUAAACGUCACAGAAACUGUUGCUGCACAUUCUCUUCCAGAGAAGUGUUCGCCUGAAAAAAGUCACAAGAAAAUAGAGCGGAAUUAUUCAGAUGCCAAUAGUGAGAAGGAACAUUCAUCUGAUGAAAAUUAUAAGAGAAGUGAUAGUCGUGUUACUUCCAGAAACACUUCUUCAGUUUCAUCUGGACAUGAUCUUUUGUCAACUAGAGGCUCGUAUCGGCAUGAAGAAUGGCAUACUGAUCUGCUUGGGUGUUGUGCAGAACCUGCACUGUGUUUUAAGACCUUCUUUUACCCUUGUGGAGCUUUGUCAAAGAUCGCUACAGUGGCAACAAACAGGCACAUGUCUUCGGCAGAAGCAUGUAACGAGUUGAUGGCCUAUUCAUUGAUUUUGUCUUGCUGUUGCUAUACUUGCUGCAUUAGAAGGAAACUUCGCAAAACAUUGAAUAUCACGGGAGGCUUCAUCGACGAUUUCCUUUCACAUUUCAUGUGUUGCUGCUGUGCCCUUGUGCAAGAAUUGCGAGAAGUCGAGAUGCGUGGUGUUUAUGGUCCUGAGAAGACAAAAACCAGCCCUCCCCCAUCACAAUACAUGGAAUCUUAAGUAAUAGACUCAAAAAAGUGCUAUUCAGCUAUUGUGAUAUACAUAUACGUCAAAGCCAUAUAUAUAGGUAAAAAUGGCUAGUUGCCACUUUUUAUGUUAAACUUGUAAUGUGAUUUCCAUUUUCAUCAAUUUCACUACCUCAGAUGUAAAGUAGCUUCUGUGAAGUUCUUAGUUUGAGAACAUGGUGUAUUAUAGACAUAUUUUUAAAUGAUAUAGUGUUGUUUGAGUUAA